AUGUCCCAUGUGGAAACAGAAAAUCAUAAGGCUUCUGAGGCAAGCCUGCAGGAGAGUAUAUGCACUAUUGGCAAGGGCACCUUGGGAAUAUUUAGGAAGUCAGAUGAGGUAGGCAAAAACUCUAGUAGGAGCACUGUAAAGAAAAGGGGGCCUACAUGGAAAAGGAAAGCUAGGGAGCAUCAUAUAUCUAUGCUUCUGCAACUAGAACACAACAGUGAACAAGUUCUUUUAACUGGUUUUUAUGGCUCGCCAGUAACAGCUCAUAGGAAAGAAAGUUGGAAGCUUUUGAAAUUUUUGAAACCAAGAGAGGGUCUAGCAUGGCUAUGCUUUGGAGAUUUCAAUGAGACAUUGCACCUACAUGAGAAGCAAGCGGGAGCUAUGAGACCUUACCACCAGAUGGAAGAGUUUAGAAGCAGUUUGGUUCUUGCAGCACAAUCUUCAGAUCAUAGCCCACUAGUAAUGCAUCUUAAGAAGGGAGGGAGAAGGUAUGUCAGUAAUGGGAGUGGUAAGGAGCGAAUCUUCAGAUAUGAAGCUUCCUGGAAAUUGCAUGAAGAAUGCAAUGAAGGUAACACAGGAACAAAUAAUGGUAUUAUCAAGGAAGUUCAGCUGGAAAUUGACAAGCUACUGGAAGAGGAAAAUGUCAAAUGGAAACAAAGGGCAAAGCAAGCUUGGCUCAAAGAUGGAGAUAGUAACUCUAAGUUCUUCCACAGAUGUGCUAAUCAGAGGAGGAAAACUAAUGAGAUCAAUUGCUUGGUUAGAGAAGAUGGUAGCCUGACCAGGGACUUAGAGGAAAUCUCUGAGUGCUUUGGGAAUUACUACCAAUCCCUUUUCUCUUCAAGCAAUCCUGUGGGAAUUGGUGGGUGCAUAGCCAGGCUUGACAAAAAAGUGGAUGGGAACAUGAACACCUUACUUGAUGCAGAAUUCUCGGUUAGUGACGUAAAAGAAGCUUUGUUUCAGAUGAAACCCCUCGGUUCCCCUGGACCAGAUGGAUUCCCUGCUGAAUUCUACCAAGCUCAUUCGAACAUUGUUGGUGAAAAAGUUACUCAAGCUGUUCUAGAAGUUCUCAAUUCAGGGGGAGAUAUCAGUGUGGCUUUUGAAACCAUGCAUUCUAUGUCAAUUAGAGGAGGGAGACAACAAAGUCAUAUGGUCAUUAAGCUUGAUAUGAGCAAAGCAUAUGACAGGAUUGAGUGGGGCUUCCUACAUGCAGUUAUGGUAAAGCUGGGAUUUUCUGAGAAGUGGAUUAGGUUGGUUAUGGGCUGUGUAUCAAGUGUGUCUUACUCUCUGCUCAUUAAUGGUUCCUCCCAAGGUUUUUUUAAACCCUCAAGAGGCAUUAGACAGGGGGACCCCCUCUCCCCAUACCUAUUCCUGCUAGUGUCUGAAGUGCUUAGUAAUCUCCUUAACCAUGCUGAAAGGAACAAAAGAAUUCAUGGAUUUCCUGUAGGCAAGGGCCAGAUCAACAUUAACCACUUGCUUUUUACAGAUGAUUGCUUGUUGUUUUGUAGAGUAAAAGCUGAGGAAUGGGCCACUAUUAACUCUCUACUCAGUAUUUAUGAAGGGGCCUCGGGUCAGAAGAUCAACAAAGAAAAAACUUCAAUCUACUUCAAUGCAAACACUAGACCAGAAGCUAAAGACUACAUAUUGGGGAUUGCUAGCACCAGAGCUACCACGUGCUAUGAGAGGUAUCUUGGUCUGCCUUCUCUGGUGGGUAGAUCAAGGUACAAAUCCUUCAAAAGUAUUCUUGACAGAGUAAGAAGCAGAGUGAGCAACUGGAAGACAAAGCUCCUAUCACAGGCAGGGAAAGAGAUUCUCCUCAAACCAAUCAUCCAGGCUCUUCCAACGUAUAGUAUGGGAGUUUUCAAGCUCCCAAAGGUGAUAUUGAAGGAAAUUAACAAGGUGAUGAACCAGUUCUGGUGGGGCCAACAAGACAAGGGAAAUAAACAAGCUUGGCGCAUCAUCCAGUUCCCUGCAUCUCUAGCCUCCCAAGUACUCAAGGCAAAAUACUUCAGGAACUCUAGCUUUCUUCAUGCCAAAUUGGGGGCUAGACCAUCACUUAUUUGGAGGAGUAUUUGGUCCUCAAGGGAUCUCAUUGAGAAAGGAUCUAUGUUGAGAAUUGGUAAUGGAAAGGAGACCAAAAUAUGGAAGGAUAGAUGGUUACCUCAACCAUCAUCCUUUAUGGUUCAGAGACACGGGCAAGACAUUGUUGAGGAAGCUUUGGUAGCUGAACUAAUAAAUGAAGAAACCAAGCAGUGGGACAGAGAAAAGAUCUUAAGGUUGCUUCGCCCUACAAAUGCUGUAAUUAUUCAGAAGAUUCAUGUUCCCAAUGCAGUUAAGGUUUUCCUGUGGAGAUCUUGCUUAGAGUCAUUGCCUACCAUGUUAAAUCUUUUCAAGAAGAAGAUAGUGAGCUCUCGUUUAUGCCCAGUUUGUUGCAGUUCUGAUGAGACAGCAGGCCAUAUUUUGUGGAACUGUCCCUCAGCCAUGGAUGUAUGGAGUUAUGGACCAAAAAGACUCCAAAAGAGAUCUGUGAGGGCAGAGAGUUUUGUCAAGAUAAUUAAGGGGUUAAAGGACCAAUGUGAUAUACAAAUGUUGGGGGCUUUUGCUUUGACAGCAAGGGAUAUCUGGUAG